CUGCUGAGCGCGGAGCUGUAAAAAGAAGGCGAGCCGCGCGGAUCGUCUCAGUCAGUCAGUCAGUCAGUCAGCACAUCUGUCCACACGAGCCGGACCACAUCUGCUGCUGCUGACACUGAAGCCCGCAGCUGCUCGGAGCGACUCGGGACAUUUGACUACACGCUGCCUUCCUCUGGACGGAGGCUGCCCCGUCAGAAGAUCUUGUGAAGUGUGACAGACGAGAGGAAAAGACAUGCUCUGCCUACAUGACUCAAGCGACUGCCUACGGGAGCAGAUGCAGUACAUGAUGAGGUCACUGCAGGACCUGAAACAACUGCGGAAAGCUUGCCCUGCGGUCAGACGCCCCCUCGCCCCCAUCAGCACCCAACUCCCGGCCAUGGUGCGCCACUCGGCGGUUGCACGUGCGUGUCAGCAGCGAGCCCUGCAGCGGGAGCAGCGCACGCGCCUGCGUAUGUCAGACGCCAGCACGGCCAGUACCUACGACUCGGCCUGCUGCCUGGCGAGCCCUCUGGAGGAGGAGGACGAGGACACGAUCAGCCGGCUGGGCCUGAGCCUCAGACUGGGCCUGGGCUCUCCCUGCAGUCAGAAAAGUCUGGAGUUCGAUUCAGGCUACUCCGAGGCGUCGUGGCAGGACGACGCGGUGGUGCUCAGGAGGACGAGGAACGUGCGGGUGUCGUCUUCUGCAUGCCUCCGCACAAACAGAGCACCCAGCGGACGCGUUCGACCCAAAUCCACCUCCGACGCCUGCCUGGAGAGGUGGACGACGUUUGAGGUGGGCGACCCAGAGGACUGGACGAACUCUUUACUGACCAGAGGACGCAACCGCCAGCCUCUGGUUCUGGGGGACAACAGCUUUGCAGACCUCAUACAGAACUGGAUGGACUUGCCAGAGUGUCCCGAGCCCACCGAGUCGAAGCCAAACCCGAAUCGCAGACCGGGACGAGGUUUCUUUGUCAACAUGAGGAGGAGACUUGCUGGUUUUUCUAAGAGCGUGGAGGACAGGGUGAAGAUGAGAUCCGCGGACUCUUCUCACGUCAACAGAGCUGCAAAUGCUCCAAAGCGGCUGUCCUGCCCGGUCGUGGCGUCGCAGGCCAAAGUCCCUUUUUUCCACCAGUCCCACAUGGGCAUCAACCAGCUGGACUCGGACUUUUACCAGUUUGCAGCUCUCAUGAAAUCAGGCAGCCGACAGCCAAUAAUCUGCAAAGAUAUCAUCGGCUACAUCUGACUUGUACAGACUGGACAAUCCUCAGAGUCACUUUAUUUUGAUAUGAAUGUUUCUUUUUUCACCUUUUAUAUGCUGUGACUAAUAAAAGUUUCUCAUAA